AAUUUCAGCUUAAGAUUAGAAUAACAUAAACCAGAGACAUAAGAUGCACGACAAUAUAAUCGUCUUAAAUUGAAUGAGCAUAGAGGUGGUGUCUUUUACACCUUGCCGGUAGAUAAAAAUCUAGAGAAAUGCCAAAUGGAUAAAGGAGGAGAUAUCGUAUUGAGCUCACAGAUCAUCACAGGAUAGAGUGCCAUCCUUUGUAGCCACACAUGGGUCGGGUCCCCUAGUAAAAAUCUUGGAAAAUUGAUGGACUAGAGAUCGCCAAGUGCGCAUCAACUGCUGCCUAUGGAAUCUUGAUACCCAAUGAGAUCAUAGAUAUACAUAUCACAAGAUAAGGAUUCUUUUGCUCUUAACUCCUAUAUAUUGUGAAGCCCAACUUUUAACUUCAGCUCAUCACAGCCAACUUCGGCAUUUCAAACUAUCAACCACUCACUUUUCUUUUCAUACACCAUGGCUGCUUCUACAAUGGCUCUUUCUUCCCCUUCUUUUGCUGGACAGGCAGUGAAACUCUCCCCAUCUGCCUCGGAAAUCACUGGAAAUGGAAGGGUCUCCAUGAGAAAGACCGUCGCCAAACCCGUUGCAUCUAGCAGCCCAUGGUACGGCCCAGACCGUGUUAAGUACUUGGGCCCAUUCUCUGGUGAGGCCCCAAGCUACUUGACCGGUGAAUUCCCAGGUGACUACGGGUGGGAUACUGCUGGACUUUCAGCAGAUCCAGAAACCUUUGCCAAGAACCGUGAACUUGAGGUGAUCCACUGCAGAUGGGCUAUGCUUGGUGCUCUUGGAUGUGUCUUCCCCGAGCUCUUGGCUCGUAAUGGUGUCAAGUUUGGCGAGGCUGUGUGGUUCAAGGCUGGAUCCCAAAUCUUUAGCGAGGGUGGACUUGACUACUUGGGCAACCCAAGCUUGGUCCAUGCACAAAGCAUCUUGGCCAUCUGGGCUUGCCAAGUUAUCUUGAUGGGAGCCGUUGAGGGUUACCGUGUUGCUGGUGGGCCUCUUGGUGAGGUUGUCGACCCACUUUACCCUGGUGGUAGCUUUGACCCAUUGGGCCUUGCUGAGGAUCCAGAGGCAUUCGCUGAGCUCAAGGUAAAAGAGAUUAAGAACGGAAGACUCGCCAUGUUCUCUAUGUUCGGAUUCUUUGUUCAAGCCAUUGUUACUGGAAAGGGCCCAUUAGAGAACCUUGCUGACCACCUUGCAGACCCAGUUAACAACAACGCUUGGGCAUACGCCACAAACUUUGUGCCCGGAAAGUGAAUCUUAAAACAUUCUCAAAAUUCUGAUUGUUUGAUGGCCUUGUAAAGCUGUUGUGAGCUACUUGACAAUAUAAUGAGAUUUUGUUUGUGUUUAAA